CUAGAUGACCAACGUGAUGGUACCCUUCAUGUUUAAGUAUGCUGUGGACGAGCUGAAUGGACUCUCAGGACACAUGUUGAACCUGAGCGAUGCCCCCAACACCGUGGCUACCAUGGCAACUGCUGUUCUUAUUGGUUGUAAGUCCCACCACAAACCAGAAAAGCACAAUUAAUUUUCUUUGAAUAUCUUUGUCACAGUCCAGGAGUUACUAUUGAAUCUGUCUGGGGUAGGGAACCAUUAAACAGCAAGUAUAUCAAACCUAUUGUUAGCUAUGUGUCCCGAUCUCUCUCCUCCUGUCUGCUCUGUGUCUUGUGAAUAGUUGUUGAUGUCAAGCUCUCUUUGAAUAGACUAGAGGUCAGGGUUUGGGUGAACAGUCCUUCCUGUCAGCACAGAGUGCCUCCAUCCUUUAACCCUGCCGCCGACUGCUGAUGAAAACAGCUCUAAUGAACUCAGUCAACCCUAACUCUGGCUCCGACUGCUGAUGAAAACAGCUCUAAUGAACAAUGUUAGUCCUGCUGGUAGCCAGCUAGUCUCUCACUCUCACUACACCCUAGCAGCUAGCUACACACUAUAGCCUCUGCUGCCUUGAGAUGAAAGCAAAUCAAUGGAUGUCAAUGUUACUGUCUAUGAUUACUACAAAGGCUGGCUGGUCCUUGUCUCCGCUGAGCUCCGCCCCGAUGCAGCCAAAGCCCUGAUGAAAUCCUCUUUCUCUUCUCUCAGACGGUGUGUCCCGUGCCGGUUCGGCCCUCUUCAACGAGCUGCGUAACGCCGUGUUCGGGAAGGUGGCCCAGAAUUCCAUCCGCCGCAUCGCCAAGAACGUGUUCCUGCAUCUCCACAGCCUGGACCUGGGCUUCCACCUGUCUCGCCAGACGGGGGCGCUGUCUAAGGCUAUUGACAGGGGCACCAGGGGCAUCUCCUUCGUCCUCUCUGCUAUUGUCUUCAACCUGGGACCCACCGUGUUGGAGAUGGGGCUGGUCUCUGCUAUCCUGGUGGGUAGAGUCACCCUGCCUCCACAUGUCCAUAGGCUACACUAUUGUGUAUGGUAUUUGGGUUUAUUAUGGAUCCCCAUUAGUUCCUGCCAAGGCAGCAGCUACUCUUCCUGGGGUUUAUUAUGGAUCCCCAUUAGUUCCUGCCAAGGCAGCGGCUACUCUUCCUGGGGUUUAUUAUGGAUCCCCAUUAGUUCCUGCCAAGGCAGCAGCUACUCUUCCUGGGGUUUAUUAUGGAUCCCCAUUAGUUCCUGCCAAGGCAGCAGCUACUCUUCCUGGGGUUUAUUAUGGAUCCCCAUUAGUUCCUGCCAAGGCAGCAGCUACUCUUCCUGGGGUUUAUUAUGGAUCCCCAUUAGUUCCUGCCAAGGCAGCAGCUACUCUUCCUGGGGUCCAGCAAACUGAAGGCAGUUAUACAUUUUAAAACAUUACAAUACAUUCAUUACAGAUUUCACAACAUAUUAAGUGUGUGCCCUCAGGCUUCUACUCUACUACCACAUAUCUACAACACAGAAUCCAUGUGUACGUGUGUGUAUAGUUCGUAUGUUAUCGUGUGUGUGUAUGCAUGUGUCUAUGUUUGUGUUGCUUCACAGUCCCCGCUGUUCCAUAAGGUGUAUUUUUAUCUGUUUUUUAAAUCUAAUUUCACUGCUGUCAUGAGAUACUUGAUGUGGAAUAUAGUUUCAUGUAGUCAUGGCUCUAUGUAGUACUGUGCACCUCCCAUUGUCUGUUCUUGACUUGGGGACUGUGAAGAGACCUCUGGUGGCAUGUCUUGUUGGUGUCUGAGCUGUGCGCCAGUAGUUCAAACAGACACCUCGGUUCAUUCAACAUGUCAAUACCUCUCACAAAUACAAGUAGUGAUGAAAUCAAUCUCUCCUCCGCUUUGAGCCAAGAGAGAUUGACAUGCAUAUUAUUAAUGUUUGCUCUCUGUGUAAAUCCAAGGGCCAGCCAUGCUGCCCUGUUUUGAGACGAUUGCAAUUUUCCUAAGUCCCUCUUUGUGGCACCUGACCACACGACUGAACAGUAGUCCAGAUGCGACAAAACUAAGGCCUGUAGGACCUGCCUUGUUGAUAGUGCUGUUAAGAAGGCAGAGCAGCGCUUUAUUAUGGACAGACUUCUCCCCAUUUUAGCUGCUGUUGUAUCAAUAUGUUUUGACCAUGACAGUUUACAAUCCAGGGUUACUCCAAGCAGUUUAGUCACCUCAACUUGCUCAAUUUCCACAUUAUUCAUUACAAGAUUUAGUUGAGGUUUAGUGAAUGAUUUAUCCCAAAUACAAUGCUUUUAAUUUUUGAAAUAUUUAGGACUAACUUAUUCCUUGGCACCCAUUCUGAAACUAACUCCAGCUCUUUGUUAAGUGUUGCAGUCCUUUCAGUUGCUGAGGUAGCUGACGUGUAUAGUGUUGAGUCAUCCGCAUACAUACACACUGGCUUGUCAUUAGUAAAAAUUGAAAAUAGUAAGGGGCCUAGACAGCUGCCCUGGGGAAUUCCUGAUUCUACCUGGAUUAUGUUGGAGAGGCUUCCAUUAUAAACAAUGUCUGUGUUCUGUUAGACAUGUAACUCUUUAUCCACAAUAUAGCAGGGGGUGUAAAGCCAUAACACAUACGUUUUUCCAUUAACAGACUAUGAUCGAUAAUGUCAAAAGCCGCACAGAAGUCUAACAAAACAGCCCCCACAAUCUUUUUAUCUUCAAUUUCUCUCAGCCAAUCAUCAGUCAUUUCUGUAAGUGCUGUGCUGAAAGUCUGUUGUCAAUUAGUUUUUCUGUGAAAUAGCAUUUUAUCUGGUCAAACACCAUUUUUCCCUAAAGUUCACUAAGGGUUGGUAACAGGCUGUUUGGUCGGCUAUUUGAGCCAGUAAAGGGGGCUUUACUAUUCUUAGGUAGCAGAAUGACUUUUGCUUCCCUCCAAGCCUGAGGGCGCACACUUUCUAGUAGGCUUAAAUUGAAGAUAUGGCAAAUAGGAGUGGCAAUAUCGUCUGCUAUUAUCCUCAGUAAUUUUCCAUCAAAGUUGUCAGACCCCGGUGGCUUGUCAUUGUUGAUCGACAAUAACAAUUUUUUCACCUCUUCCAAACUUACUUUACAGAAUUCAAAAUUACAACGCUUGUCUUUAAUAAUUUGGUCAGAUAUACUUUGAUGUGUAGUGUCAGCGUUUGUUGCUGGCAUGUCAUGCCUAAGUUUGCUAAUCUUGCCAAUGAAAAGAUCAUUAAAGUAGUUGGCAAUAUCAGUGGGUUUUGUGAUGAAUGAGCCACCUGAUUCAAUGAAUGAUGGAGCUGAGUUUGCCUUUUUCCCCUAAAUGUAAUUGAAGGUGCUCCAAAGCUUUUUACUAUCAUUCUUUAUGUCAUUUAUCUUUGUUUCAUGGUGUAGUUUCUUCUUCUUUUUAUUCAGUUUAGUCACAUGAUUUCUCAAUUUGCAAUAAGUUUGCCAAUCGGUUGUGCAGCCAGACCUAUUUGCCAUCUCUUUUGCCUCAUCCCUCUCAACCAUACCAUUUUUCAAUUCCUCAUCAAUCCACAGGGAUUUAACAGUUUUUGCAGUCAUGUUCUUAAUGAGUGCAUGCUUAUUAGUAACUGGAAUAAGCAAUUUCAUAAAUGUGUCAAGUGCAGCAUCUGGUUGCUCCUCAUUACACACCACGGACCAACAAAUAUUCUUUACAUCAACAACAUAGGAAUCACUAAAAAACGUAUUGUAUGACCUCUUAUACACAAUAUUAGGCCCAGCCUUUGGAGCUUUGGUUUUCCUAGAUAUGGCUACUAUAUUGUGAUCACUACAUCCGAUGGAUUUUAUACUGCUUUCAAACAAAUUUCUGCAGCAUUAGUAAAGAAAUUAUCAAUACAUGUUGAUUUAAUUCCUGUGCUGUUUGUAACAACCCUGGUAGGUUGACUGAUAACCUGAACCAGGUUGCAGGCACUGGUUACAGUUUGAAGCUUUCUCUUGAGUGGGCAGCCUGAUGAACGCCAGUCAAUAUUUAAAUCACCCAGAAAGUAUACCUCUAUUGAUAUCACAUAUAUUGUCAAGCAUUUCACAUAUGUUAUCCAGAUACUGACUGUUAGCACUUGGUGGUCUAUAGCAGCUUCCCACCAGAAUGGGCUUUAGGUGAGGCAGAUGAACCUGUAGCCAUAUUACUUCAACAGUAUUUAACAUGAGAUUCUCUCUUAAGCUUUACAGGAAUGUGGUUCUGAAUAUAGACCGCAACACUGCCCCAAUUUGGCUUUUCUGUAGAUCUUAUAACCAUGUAUUGCUACCACUGUAUCAUCAAAGGUAUUAUCUAAGUGAGUUUCAGAGAUUGUCAGAAUAUGAAUGUCAUCUGUUACUAGCAAAUUAUUGAUUUCAUGAACCUUGUUUCUUAAGCUACAUAUGUUAACGGGGGCUAUUUUUAAACCCUUUUCUGGGAUUCUUGAUUAUUUUUCUUGCUUUACUGGGAAGCUUAGCUCUGGUUAUUUGUAUUAGUGCAGGGUGAGCUACACACAGUGAACUUCCUACUAGGGCACACCGCCUCAGUGCUAACAGUAUAACUGUGGUUCAUAGGCUCAUGAUUACUGCAUACAGUAGCUGCAGGAUCAGUAGAGGCAUUAAGUUACUUACAUUGUCUUCCAACGCCCCUAGGAUAAUGUACAUUUGCUGAAUCAUUAUGACAACUCAGCGACACAAUGGUAGGGAUUAAAUGAGCUGGUCUUCGGUCAUUGAUAAGUCAUUAUCUCAACACAGCCUUAUAAUGCUGUGAAAGGAUCCAGGAACCCAAAUGAUUUGGGUGGAUCCCAUCCUCCUUAUAAUACGAGCUUUGUUUCCAGAAGGUAUCAAAAUUGUCAAUAAAUGUUACACCCACAGAGCUGCAAUAGUCUCGUAGCCAGUUAUGGAGGGCUAAAAGUCUGCUGAACCGUUCAAUGCCAUGAUUUAGGGAGGGCAGAGGGCCUGACCCCAUUUAGUCGACUGGUCGAUUGUUAGGUCGAUAGACUGUUGGUCGACCGAGAUUUUUUUUUUUUUAACGGCUGUCUGAUUGGAGCCUGUCUGAGUGGACUGAUCCAUUGUGGAGGCCGUGGGGAUGGCACAGUCCAUCACUCUAAGACAUCUGCUACUGAAAUUUUACAUGGUUAUAUUAGAUGAGAACAAUGGUGCAACACUCCACCUUCCGGAGACAUUUGAAACCCCACCUCUUUAAGGAAUACCUGGGAUAGGAUAAAGUAUUCCUUCUAACCCCCCCCCCCCCCCCCCCCCCGCCCCAAAUUGUAAAGUGGUUAUCCCACUGGCUAUAGGGUGAACGCACCAAUUUGUGAGUCGCUCUGGCUAAGAGCGUCUGCUAAAUGACGUUAAUGUGCCCUUGAGCAAGGCACUUAACCCUAAUUGCUCCUGUAAGUCGCUCUGGAUAAGAGCGUCUGCUAAAUGACUAAAAUGAAAUGAAAAUGAAUAAUACAAAUAUCGCUGUCAGUGAUUCUGAAACAUCAGUGCGCUGGAUAAUUGGCGCCUUUUGCUAGACCAUGUUGUUAUGUGCAUAAUAGCAAAGUUAACCAGCAUAUUGGUGUUGAGAACAAUGCAACGGAGUCAGGAGACGAGAAAACAGCCUUAUUGUCUAAUUUUCAUGGAAAGGAACCUGGAGUUGUUAUCCUCUUCACAGUAAUAAUGUCAUAACUAGUUCAGACGCCGUUGAACCAGGCCAGACUGAACCAGGCCAGACUGAACCAGGCCAGACUGAACCAGGCCAGACUGAACCAGGCCAGACUGACGCCGUUGAACCAGGCCAGACUGACGCCGUUGAACCAGGCCAGACUGACGCCGUUGAACCAGGCCAGACUGACGCCGUUGAACCAGGCCAGACUGACGCCGUUGAACCAGGCCAGACUGACGCCGUUGAACCAGGCCAGACUGACGCCGUUGAACCAGGCCAGACUGACGCCGUUGAACCAGGCCAGACUGACGCCGUUGAACCAGGCCAGACUGACAACAUUGAACCAGGCCAGACUGAACCAGGCCAGACUGACGCCGUUGAACCAGGCCAGACUGACGCCGUUGAACCAGGCCAGACUGACGCCGUUGAACCAGGCCAGACUGACGCCGUUGAACCAGGCCAGACUGACGCCGUUGAACCAGGCCAGACUGACGCCGUUGAACCAGGCCAGACUGACGCCGUUGAACCAGGCCAGACUGACGCCGUUGAACCAGGCCAGACAGACGCCGUUGAACCAGGCUAAAGCAACACUUGAGUGGUUUAAAGGGAAACAUUUAUAUGUCUUGGAAUGGCCUAGUCAAAGCCCAGACCUCAAUCCAAUUGAGAAUCUGUGGUAUGACUUAAAGAUUGCUGUACACCAGCGGAACCCAUCCAACUUGAAGGAGCUGGAGCAGUUUUGCCUUGAAGAAUGGGCCAAAAUCCCAGUGGCUAGAUGUGCCAAGCUUAUAGAGACAUACCCCAAGAGACUUGCAGCUGUAAUUGCUGCAAAAGGUGGCUCUACAAAGUAUUGACUUUGGGGGGGUGAAUAGUUAUGCACGCUCAAGUUCUGUUUUUUUUUUCUUAUUUCUUGUUUGUUUCACAAGAAAAAAUAUUUUGCAUCUUCAAAGUGGUAGGCAUGUUGUGUAAAUCAAAUGAUACAAACCCCCAAAAAAAUCAAUUUAAAUUCCAGGUUGUAAGGCAACAAAAUAGGAAAAAUGCCAAGGGGGGUGAAUACUUUCACAAGCCACUGUACCUACCUGGUAAGACUAAUAGUGAGUCUUGUUAUUCAGACGUGGUUGGUUGACUUCUCCUGAUAAUCUGCUCUGUUCUGUUCUAGCUCUGGUAGCACGUUGUUAACCCUAACCCUAACCCUAACGUGGUUGGUUGACUUCUCCUGAUGUUCUGUUCUAACCCUAACCCUAACGUGGUUGGUUGACUUCUCCUGAUAAUGACGUUGUAAUGAUGCCUUGAUAAUGUCUUUAUCCAUCUCCAGUUUUAUGGCUUUCUCCUUCUUUACUCAGCAUGAUGUUUUCCUCUUUUCUGCAAUAUUAAAAUGACUGUCUCUGUCUGUAUCUGUCUCUCUCCUCAGUAUUAUAAAUGCGGGGUGGAAUUUGCAGCGGUGACUCUGGGUACUCUGGGAGCGUAUGCAGCCUUCACCAUUGCUGUCACACAGUGGAGGUACAGUCCACUAGGUGGUUGACAGAUGACCUUUCACCUUAGCUACCUGUUGGUAUAUAUGUGGUUGGCUUAGCUAUAGCUAGCAGUAUAAAAAAGCACAAGCUACCUUUUUCCUGUGAAUUCUUCCCCACUGUGUAACCUUGGCGUCCAUCUUGUUGUCUAGGACUCGUUUCAGGAUAGAGAUGAACAAGGCAGACAACGAGGCAGGAAAUGCUGCUAUUGACUCUUUACUCAACUAUGAGACCGUUAAGGUGAGACCGUCUCUCUCUCCUCCUCUCUUCUCUCUCUCUCUCCUCCUCUCUUCUCUCUCUCCUCCUCUUCUCUCUCUCCUCUCUUCUCUCUCUCCUCUCUUCUCUCUCUCCUCCUUCUCUCUCUUCUCUCUCUCCUCUCUUCUCUCUCUCUCCUUCUCCAUCUUUCCUCUCCUUCUCCUUAAUAGUCUGCUGCUCAAUGACAUGGAUAGAUAUUCAUCGUCCAUGUUAUUUGGAGAAAAUAAUUAAUUUAAUGAAACGUUCUGAUCUGUUGAUCCAGACAUAUUGCUUUUAAAGUUGUUUUUAUGUAGCUUAGGCCUACUGGUUUAUGUAGCUUAGGCCUACUGGUUUAUGUAGCUUAGGCCUACUGGUUUAUGUAGCUUAGGCCUACUGGUUUAUGUAGCUUAGGCCUACUGGUUUAUGUAGCUUAGGCCUACUGGUUUAUGUAGCUUAGGCCUACUGGUUUAUGUAGCUUAGGCCUACUGGUUUAUGUAGCUUAGGCCUACUGGUUGGAUGAAUUUGGGAUUUAUUACAUUUUAGUCAUUUAGCAGACACUCUUAUCCAGAGCGACUUACAGGAGCAAUUAGGGUUAAGUGCCUUGCUCAAGGGCACAUCGACAGAUUUUUCACCUAGUUGGCUCAGGGAUUAGAACCAGCGACCUUUCGGUUACUGGCACAACGCUCUUAACCACGAAGCUACCUUAUCGUCCCAGAGUCUGUUUGGAAUAGGCUGUUUCUUUCUCAACAAGCUGACCAAUAGAAUAGGUAGCCUAAACGUUUCUACUAUAGUAGAUUGACAGGCUACUGAUUUUGCUGUUCGUUACUUGUCUUGUUGGCUGAGGGAAAGUAAAUGUGGACAAUUAUUCUGACAUGUUCAAAGUGCACAUCAGAAUUCCCUCCUUCUCUCUGUUACAGUAUUUCAACAAUGAGAAGUACGAAGCAGAGAAGUAUGAUGGUUAUCUGAAGACCUACGAGUCCUCCUCCCUGAAGACCACCUCUACCCUGGCCAUGCUCAACUUUGGACAGAGUGUCAUCUUUAGUGUGGGCCUCACUGGCAUCAUGGUGCUAGCUAGCAAGGGGAUCAUGGCAGGUCAGUCUAACCCUAACUAACCCUAACCCCUACACCCUAACUAACCCUAACUAAAGUUGAUGGCUACCAAGGGCAUCAUGGCAGGUCAGUCUAAUCCUACCAAGGGCAUCAUGGCAGGUCAGUCUAACCCUAACCCUACCAAGGGCAUCAUGGCAGGUCAGUCUAAUCCUACCAAGGGCAUCAUGGCAGGUCAGUCUAACCCUACCAAGGGCAUCAUGGCAGGUCAGUCUAAUCCUACCAAGGGCAUCAUGGCAGGUCAGUCUAAUCCUACCAAGGGCAUCAUGACAGGUCAGUCUAAUCCUACCAAGGGCAUCAUGACAGGUCAGUCUAAUCCUACCAAGGGCAUCAUGGCAGGUCAGUCUAAUCCUACCAAGGGCAUCAUGGCAGGUCAGUCUAAUCCUACCAAGGGCAUCAUGGCAGGUCAGUCUAACCCUACCAAGGGCAUCAUGGCAGGUCAGUCUAAUCCUAACCCUACCAAGGGCAUCAUGGCAGGUCAGUCUAACCCUACCAAGGGCAUCAUGGCAGGUCAGUCUAACCCUAACCCUACCAAGGGCAUCAUGACAGGUCAGUCUAACCCUAACCCUACCAAGGGCAUCAUGGCAGGUCAGUCUAAUCCUACCAAGGGCAUCAUGGCAGGUCAGUCUAACCCUAACCCUACCAAGGGCAUCAUGGCAGGUCAGUCUAAUCCUACCAAGGGCAUCAUGGCAGGUCAGUCUAAUCCUACCAAGGGCAUCAUGACAGGUCAGUCUAACCCUACCAAGGGCAUCAUGGCAGGUCAGUCUAACCCUAAUCCUACCAAGGGCAUCAUGGCAGGUUAGUCUAAUCCUACCAAGGGCAUCAUGACAGGUCAGUCUAAUCCUACCAAGGGCAUCAUGACAGGUCAGUCUAAUCCUACCAAGGGCAUCAUGACAGGUCAGUCUAACCCUAACCCUACCAAGGGCAUCAUGGCAGGUCAGUCUAACCCUACCAAGGGCAUCAUGGCAGGUCAGUCUAACCCUACCAAGGGCAUCAUGGCAGGUCAGUCUAACCCUACCAAGGGCAUCAUGGCAGGUCAGUCUAAUCCUACCAAGGACAUCAUGGCAGGUCAGUCUAACCCUACCAAGGGCAUCAUGACAGGUCAGUCUAACCCUAACCCUACCAAGGGCAUCAUGGCAGGUCAGUCUAACCCUACCAAGGGCAUCAUGGCAGGUCAGUCUAACCCUAACCCUACCAAGGGCAUCAUGGCAGGUCAGUCUAACCCUAACCCUACCAAGGGGCAUCAUGGCAGGUCAGUCUAACCCUAACCCUACCAAGGGCAUCAUGGCAGGUCAGUCUAACCCUAACCCUACCAAGGGCAUCAUGGCAGGUCAGUCUAACCCUACCAAGGGCAUCAUGGCAGGUCAGUCUAACCCUAACCCUACCAAGGGCAUCAUGGCAGGUCAGUCUAACCCUAACCCUACCAAGGGCAUCAUGGCAGGUCAGUCUAACCCUAACCCUACCAAGGGCAUCAUGGCAGGUCAGUCUAACCCUACCAAGGGCAUCAUGGCAGGUCAGUCUAACCCUACCAAGGGCAUCAUGGCAGGUCAGUCUAACCCUAACCCUACCAAGGGCAUCAUGACAGGUCAGUCUAACCCUACCAAGGGCAUCAUGACAGGUCAGUCUAAUCCUACCAAGGGCAUCAUGACAGGUCAGUCUAAUCCUACCAAGGGCAUCAUGGCAGGUCAGUCUAAUCCUACCAAGGGCAUCAUGGCAGGUCAGUCUAAUCCUACCAAGGGCAUCAUGGCAGGUCAGUCUAAUCCUACCAAGGGCAUCAUGACAGGUCAGUCUAACCCUAAUCCUACCAAGGGCAUCAUGGCAUGUGAGGAGAGGGCCCAGAAAUAGAAUGAUAGAGAACCAUUUAAUCUGUGCUGUGAUUGGUUUGAGUCCAACUCAACUGACGUUACAAAAUCAACAUUCCAUCUCUUGAAGUACCUGUGGAAGUUUGACAGUGUGUUGUUGAUGUUGUUGACAGGCUCUAUGACAGUAGGAGACCUGGUGAUGGUGAACGGUCUGCUGUUCCAGCUCUCUCUGCCUCUUAACUUCCUGGGCACCGUGUACAGAGAGACACGUCAGGCCCUGAUCGACAUGAAUACACUCUUCACACUGCUCAGUGUUGACACCAAGAUCAAGGUAACACACACUAAUUGCACCCUAUUCCCUAUGUAGUGCACUUAUUUUGGCUCAGAGCCCACCUUGUGCUGGUCUAGAGCUAAGAUAUCUAUCUAGAACACCAAUUACUGACUAGCUGCACUCAGUAUUCCUAAGGGUUAGGUUCUAUACUUCUAGUCCAGUUCCUCUCCUGUCUCUCCUCUGUCUAUAUGAGAAGGAGCUGGCCCCUGCCCUCCUUGUGACCCCCCCAGGAGGGUUAGAGGUUAGAGGUUAGGGGUUAGUAUAUAGUAACUAGUCUAUCCUAACUCUGUCUCUCUACUCUAGGAGAGAGAUCUGGCCCCUCCUCUCUCUGUGACCCCUCAAGAAGCCACCAUCAGGUUUGAGGAUGUCUACUUUGAGUACCUGGAAGGACAGAAGGUUCUAGAGGGGGUCUCCUUCCAGGUGCCGGCUGGGAAGAAGGUGGCCAUCGUAGGAGGGAGCGGAUCAGGGUAGGUACUCGUUUAGAGAGGCCUUGACCUGUCUGAAAUGGUAAUAUUAAGUGCACUGGUCAACAGUAGGGUUGGACAAUUCUGGUAGCUUUCUCAAAGUUCCCGGAAUUGGGAGGGAAUAAGCAGGAAAUCCAGAAUCGUCCGAGCAGGAUUUCUGGAGAACCAUGGAAUUUUGGGAAUGUUACCAGGGUUUUGCAACCCUAGUCAACAUUAUUCAUCUGUAAUAUCCUGGUCUGGACUGUGUCUGAUUGACCACGUCUACAUGCUCACAGUAUUCCAGAUAGUAGCUCAUAUCCUGCUUAAGGUCUAAUUCGGGAUCAGCUGUUUACAUGCACCUUUGGUGUCCCGUUCACGAGUAUCCGUGUACCCCUGAAUAAACAGAAUAUUCCUAAUUUCAAGUUCAUAUGGGUUCAAUGGAAUAGUAACUGAAAUAUGGACACUGACUGUAGACCUAUAACCUCUCACAUGUAGCCUAAUAUAAUAUUAACUCCUGCAGAAGUAUACAUUUCUUGCAGUAAAAUUAUACAACAAAUGUAAAUUUUAUCUCUGCAACAGGAGUGGAGAAAUAUGAUUUCUUCCUUUCAGCUUCUCUGGAGAAAAUGCGAAGGCACGUGUUAUGCAAGUAGACAGUAUUUCAACCACAGAAAAUAUGCACUCAAGACGAACUGAAGUCUUAUCAGAAAUAUUUAAUAGUUUUCUCAGCUUUUCAAUUUCCUUAAAACCGGUCAAACUGAUGACAUCGGACAUUUUUCAAAGGACCAAUAUUUCCACUGUUUUGGAUUUAUUGCGUUUUCUCCCGGUCCCUAAACGAAACAGACAACUUUACCGGUGUUAACUAGAUUAAUGCAUUCAUUUGAUCAAUGUAAGACAUUGUUCUGGUGAGCACUACUUUAUUUGGUCUCAUGGGGCAACAAGUUAUGACAGAGGAGAAGCUGCAUGUAUCUAACUAUAGUUGACAAACAAGUGGCUUACCAAAGGUCAGAAAUGAUCAUAUGGUUUACCAAAGGUCAGAAAUGAUCAUAUGGUUUACCAAAGGUCAGAAAUGAUCAUAUGGUUUACCAAAGGUCAGAAAUGAUCAUAUGGUUUACCAAAGGUCAGAAAUGAUCAUAUGGUUUACCAAAGGUCAGAAAUGAUCAUAUGGUUUACCAAAGGUCAGAAAUGAUCAUAUGGUUUACCAAAGGUCAGAAAUGAUCAUAUGGUUUACCAAUUGUCAGAAAUGAUCAUAUGGUUUACCAAUUGUCCAUAUGUCAGUAAUUCUAAGCAGAAACAUUUCUAAAGUAGCCAGUAAUGCUAUACGGCCCAGUACGGAGUAUAAGAAAUAUAAAUGAUGGAAUUAUUACGGUGGAUGGAACUGGGAUGGAACUGCACAGGUAGCCUAGUUAUUAUGGUGGAUGGAACUGCACAGGUAGCCUAGUUAUUAUGGUGGAUGGAACUGCACAGGUAGCCUAGUUAUUAAUGUGGAUGGAACUGCACGGUAGCCUAGUUAUUAUGUGGAUGGAACUGCACAGGUAGCCUAGUUAUUAAUGUGGAUGAACUGCACAGGUAGCCUAGUUAUUAAUGGUGGAUGGAAUGCAGGCACAGGUAGCCUAGUUUCUGGAUGGAACGCACAGGUAGCCUAGUUAUUAAUGUGGAUGGAAACUGCACAGGUAGCCUAGUUAUUAUGGUGGAUGGAACUGCACAGGUAGCCUAUUUAUUAUGGUGGAUGGAACUGCACCAGGUAGCCUAGUUAUUAAUGUGGAUGGAACUGCACAGGUGCCUAGUUUAUUAUGUGGAUGGAACUGCACAGGUAGCCUAGUUAUUAUGGUGGAUGGAACUGCACAGGUAGCCUAUUUUAUUAAUGGUGGAUGGAACUGCACAGGUAGCCUAGUUAUUAAUGUGGAUGGAACUGCACAGUAGCCUAGUUAUUAAAAUGUGGAUGGAAACUGCAUCAGGUAGCCUAUUAUUAAUGGUGGAUUGGAAACUGCGCAGGUAGCCCAUAGUUAUUGGUGGAUGGAACUGCACAGGUAGCCUAGUUAUUAUGGUGGAGUGGACUGCACAGUAGGUAGCCUAGUUAUUUAUGUGGAUGGAAUGAAGGUAGCCUAGUUUGGGGAGAUGGAACUGCAACAGGUAGCCUAGUUAUUAUAUGGUGGAGGGGAACGGCGACAGGUAGCCUAGUUAUUAUUGUGGAAUGGGGAAGACUGGCACAUGUAGCCUAGUUAUUAAGGUGGAUUGGAACCGCACAGGUAGCCUAGUUCUAUAAUGGUGGAUGGAACUGCACAGGUAGCCCUAGUUAUUAAUGUUGGAUGGAACUGCACCAGGUAGCCUAGCUUAUUAAUGGUGGGAUGGAACUGGCACAGGUAGCCUAGUUAUUAAUGGUGGGAGGAACCUGCACAGGUAGCCUAGUUGAUUCAUGGUGGAUGGAAACCGCACAGGUGACCUAGUUUAUUAGUGGUGAUGGAACUGCACCGUAGCCCUAGUUAUUAAAUGGUGGAUGGACUGCACAGGUGCCUAAGUGUAUUAAUGGUGGAAUUGAAUGAACUGCACAGGUAGCCUAGUUAUUAUGGUGGAUGGAACUGGGCACCGGUAGCCUAGUUAUUAUGGUGGAUGGAACUGCCACAGGUAGCCUAGUUAUUAUGUUGGAUGGAACUGCACAGGUGCCUAGUUAUUAUGUGGACUGGAACUGCACAGGUAGCCAGUUACUAUUAUGGUGGAUGGAACUGCACAGGUAGCCUAGUUAUUAAUGUGGAUGGAACUGCACAGGUAGCCUAGUUAUUAUGGUGGAUGGAACUGCACAGGUAGCCUAGUUAUUAUGGUGGAUGGAACUGCACAGGUAGCCUAGUUAUUAAUGUGGAUGGAACUGCACAGGUAGCCUAUUAUUAUGGUGGAUGGAACUGCACAGGUAUCCUAGUUAUUAUGUGGAUGGAACUGCACAGGUAGCCUAGUUAUUAAUGUGGAUGGAACUGCACAGGUAGCCUAGUUAUUAAUUGGAUGGAACUGCGCAGUAGCCUAGUUAUUAUGGUGGAUGGAACUGCGCAGGUAGCCUAGUUAUUAAUGUGGAUGGAACUGCACAGGUAGCCUAGUUAUUAUGGUGGAUGGAACUGCACAGGUAGCCUAGUUAUUAUGGUGGAUGGAACUGCACAGGUAGCCUAGUUAUUAAUGUGGAUGGAACUGCACAGGUAGCCUAGUUAUUAAUGUGGAUGGAACUGCACAGGUAGCCUAGUUAUUAUGGUGGAUGGAACUGCGCAGGUAGCCUAGUUAUUAAUGUGGAUGGAACUGCACAGGUAGCCUAGUUAUUAUGGUGGAUGGAACUGCACAGGUAGCCUAGUUAUUAUGGUGGAUGGAACUGCGCAGGUAGCCUAGUUAUUAAUGUGGAUGGAACUGCACAGGUAGCCUAGUUAUUAUGGUGGAUGGAACUGCACAGGUAGCCUAGUUUAUUAUGGUGGAUGGAACUGCACAGGUAGCCUAUUUAUUAAUGUGGAUGGACUGCACAGGUAGCCUAGUUAUUAAUGUGGAUGGAACUGCACAGGUAGCCUAGUUAUUAUGGUGGAUGGAACUGCACAGGUAGCCUAGUUAUUAUGGUGGAUGGAACUGCACAGGUAGCCUAGUUAUUAAUGUGGAUGGAACUGCACAGGUAGCCUAGUUAUUAAUGUGGAUGGAACUGCACAGGUAGCCUAGUUAUUAAUGUGGAUGGAACUGCACAGGUAGCCUAGUUAUUAAUGUGGAUGGAACUGCACAGGUAGCCUAGUUAUUAAUGUGGAUGGAACUGCACAGGUAGCCAGUUAUUUGGUGGAUGGAACUGCACAGGUAGCCUAGUUAUUAUGGUGGAUGGAACUGCACAGUAGCCUAGUUAUUAUGGUGGAUGGAACUGCACAGGUAGCCUAGUUAUUAAUGUGGAUGGAACUGCACAUGUAGCCUAGUUAUUAUGGUGGAUGGAACUGCACCAGGGAGCCUAGUUUUAGGUGGAUGGAACUGCACAGGUAGCCUAGUUAUUAUGGUGUGAUGGAACUGCACAGGUAGCCUAGUUAUUAAUGUGGAUGGAACUGCACAGGUAGCCUAGUUAUUAUGGUGGAUGGAACUGCACAGGUAGCCUAGUUAUUAAUGUGGAUGGAACUGCACAGGUAGCCUAGUUAUUAAUGUGGAUGGAACUGCACAGGUAGUCUAUUAUUAAUGUGGAUGGAACUGCACAGGUAGCCUAGUUAUUAAUGUGGAUGGAACUGCACAGGUAGCCUAGUUAUUAAUGUGGAUGGAACUGCACAGGUAGCCUAGUUAUUAAUGUGGAUGGAACUGCGCAGGUAGCCUAGUUAUUCAUGUGGAUGGAACUGCACAGGUAGCCUAGUUAUUAAUGUGGAUGGAACUGCACAGGUAGCCUAGUUAUUACGGUGGAUGGAACUGCACAGGUAGCCUAGUUAUUAUGGUGGAUGACUGCACAGGUAGCCUAGUUAUUAAUGUGGAUGGAACUGCACAGGUAGCCUAGUUAUUAAUGUGGAUGGAACUGCACAGGUAGCCUAGUUUUAUGGUGGAUGGAACUGCACCAGGUAGCCUAGUUUAAUGUGAUGGAACUGCACAGGUAGCCUAGUUAUUAUGGUGAGAUGGAACUGCACAGGUAGCCUAGUUAUUAAUGUGGAUGGAACUGCACAGGUAGCCUAGUUAUUAUGGUGGAUGGAACUGCACAGGUAGCCUAGUUAUUAUGGUGGAUGGAACUGCACAGGUAGCCUAGUUAUUAUGGUGGAUGGAACUGCACAGGUAGCCUAGUUAUUAUGGUGGAUGGAACUGCACAGGUAGCCUAGUUAUUAAUGUGGAUGGAACUGCACAGGUAGCCUAGUUAUUAAGUGGAUGGAACUGCACAGGUAGCCUAGUUAUUAAUGUGGAUGGAACUGCACAGGUAGCCUAGUUAUUAUGGUGGAUGGAACUGCACAGGUAGCCUAGUUAUUAUGGUGGAUGGAACUGCACAGUAGCCUAGUUAUAUGGUGGAUGGAACUGCACAGGUAGCCUAGUUAUUAAUGUGGAUGGAACUGCACAGGUAGCCUAGUUAUUAAUGUGGAUGGAACUGCACAGGUAGCCUAGUUAUUAUGGUGGAUGGAACUGCACAGGUAGCCUAGUUAUUAUGGUGGAUGGAACUGCACAGGUAGCCUAGUUAUUAAUGUGGAUGGAACUGCACAGGUAGCCUAGUUAUUAAUGUGGAUGGAACUGCACAGGUAGCCUAGUUAUUAUGGUGGAUGGAACUGCACAGGUAGCCUAGUUAUUAUGGUGGAUGGAACUGCACAGGUAGCCUAGUUAUUAAUGUGGAUGGAACUGCACAGGUAGCCUAGUUAUUAUGGUGGAUGGAACUGCACAGGUAGCCUAGUUAUUAAUGUGGAUGGAACUGCACAGGUAGCCUAUUUAUUAUGGUGGAUGGAACUGCACAGUACCAUUUUAUGGUGGGGGAACGCACAGUAGCCUAUUUUUUUUUGUGAUGGAACUGCACGGUAGCCUAUUAUUAAAGGGGGAUGGAACCCAGUGCCUAGUUUUUAAAGGGGAGGGAACUGCACGUACCUAGUUUUAAAAUUGGAGGAACUGCACAGUACCUAGUUUUUUAAAUGUGGAGGGAACUGCCGGGUGCCUAGUAUUAAGGGGAGGGAACUGCCAGGUCCUAGUUUUUGGGUGGGAACUGCACGGUCCUAGUUAUUAUGUGGAUGGAACUGCCAGGUACCUUUUUUAAAUUAAACGGGGUGGAGGGAACGCACAGGUACCUAUUUUAAUUGGAGGAACUGCCAGUAGCCUAUUUUUUAAAUUGGGGGGAAACCCAGGUACCUAGUUUUAAUGGGAUGAACUGCCCAGGUCCUAUUUUUUAAAGGGGGAUGGAAACUGCCAGGUACCAUUUUUAAAUGUGGAGGGAAACUGCACGGGUGCCUAUUAUUAAUUGGAGGGAAUGCAAGUAGCCUUUUUUAUGGUGGAUGGAACUGCACGGGUAGCCUAGUUAUAGGGGGGGGAAAACGCACGGGUAGCCUAUUUUUUGGGGGUUUUUUGACAAGGAAAAAACCUCACAAAACCCCACGUAUGCCCAACUCCUGCACACGUGAAAAAAAACAAAAAGGGGAUGAUUUUGACAUGCCACGUACCCGUCUAAAAAAUCACAUUCCCGCUCUUAUCCUGUUUCACAAAAACCGGGGAUCAAGCUUUUGGGGGUUAUUGAAACGGAAAAUUUUAAAUGUUUCAUAUGCUCAACUCAAAAACGGAAUACUUUAUGUCCCGACAAAAACGGAUUUUGGUAGCUUAAAAGGGUCAAUGGGGAUGACUCUGUCUGUGUUUAAAACCACUCUACUUGGGAAAUUGGACGGGUGCUUCACUUCUGGUUUUAAAUGGGGAAAGUCCUCUUAUUGUCCUGACCGUAUAAAUAAACCCUCCAUUCUCUCAGAUUGUGGUUUUAAAAACCUUAAAACCUUUAAUUUUCUUUGCACUGCAAGUUUGUCUCUAUAUUUUUCUAAAAGUGUCCCCAUUUCCAAAAGUCAUUGGUUCCACACAGGAAGCACCAUAGGUGAGGGGUUUUGUGUUUUUGGAAGAGCCCAUAGGAAAAAUUUGGGUUUUGUGUUUUAAAAAGCACCAUGGGAAGAUUUCUUUUUCAGAAACCCAUGAAUGAGGUUCUGUGUUUCAGGAAACUCCAUAAAUGAUGGUUCUUUGUUUCAGAAGACUCCUGGAUGAGUUCUGUGUUUUGGGAAAACACCUAGGAAAAUGGUCUGUGUUUCAGGAGAGCCCAUAGGAAUAUGGUUCUGUGUUGUUUAGAAAGCUCCAUAGGAAUGAGGGUUUUUUGUUUUCAGGGAAAGCUCCAUGGAAUGAAGGUUCUUGUUUUUUAGGAAAAGGCCCAAGGAAAGAUGGCUGUGUUUUUUCAGGAAAAGCACCUAGAAUUGGUUCUGUUUGUUUCAGGAAGACUCCCCUAGGAAGAUGUUUUUUGUUGUUUCGGGAAAAGCUCCAAAGGAAAUUUAUUUCUGUGUUUCAAAACCCUGGAUGUGGGUUUUGUGUUGUUUCCGGAGAGCUCCGUGAAGAUGGUUCUGUGUUUUUUCAGGAAACCCAUAGGGAAAGAUGGGGGCUGUGUUGUUUCGGGAAAAGGGUCCUAGGAUGAUGGGUUUUGUUUCAGGAGAGACCAUAGGAAAGAUGGGGUUUUGUUUUCAGGAAAGCACCCUAGGGAAGAUGGUUCGUGUUGUUUCAGGGAAAAUCCCUAGGAAAUGGGUUUUGUUUGUUUCAGGAAGAGCUCCAUAGGAAAAGAUGGGGUUUUGUUUUUAGGAAGAGCCCAUAGGAAAGAGGGGUUUUUGUUUUCAGGAAGACCCAUAGGGUAUGGGUUCUGGUUGUUUCAGGAAAACCCAUAGGAAUGUGGGUUCGUUUUUUUUAGGAAGAGCUCCCAAAGGAAUGAUGGUUCUGUGGUUUCAGGAAGAGCUCCCAUAGGAUGAUUGGUUCUGUGUUGGUUUCAGGAAAGAGACUCCAUAGGAAUGAUGGUUCUGUGUUGUUUCAGGAAGAGCUCCAUAGGAUGAUGUUCUGUGUUUUCAGGAAAGAGCUCCAUAGGCAUGAUGGGUUCUGUUGUUGUUUCAGGAAGAGCUCCAUAGGAAUGAUGGUUCUGUGUUGUUUCAGGAAGAGCUCCAUAGGAAUGAUGGUUCUGUGUUGUUUCAGGAAGAGCUCCAUAGGAAUGAUGGUUCUGUGUUUCAGGAAGAGCUCCAUAGGAAUGAUGGUUCUGUGUUGUUUCAGGAAGAGCUCCAUAGGAAUGAUGGUUCUGUGUUGUUUCAGGAAGAGCUCCAUAGGAAUUAUGGUUCUGUGUUGUUUCAGGACGAGCACCAUAGAAAUAAUUGUUCUGUGUUUCAGGAAGAGCACCAUAGGAAUAAUGGUUCUGUGUUUCAGGAAGAGCUCCAUAGGAAUGAUGGUUCUGUGGUGUUGUUUCAGGAAGAGCACCAUAGGAAUUAUGGUUCUGUGUUUCAGGAAGAGCAUCAUAGGAAUUAUGGUUCUGUGUUUCAGGAAGAGCACCAUAGGAAUAAUGGUUCUGUGUUUCAGGAAGAGCACCAUAGUGCGCAUGUUGUUCCGGUUUUACGAGCCCCAGAAGGGAAACAUCUACAUCGCUGGACAGAACAUCAGAGACGUUGGACUGGACAGUCUGCGACGGGCCAUAGGGGUGGUACCACAGGUAAACUACCUUGAUUUUGAUUGAACUUAUUGAUCCUGUAUUAAUUUGACUUGGACAAUAAACUCUCAUAACAAGGGGGCACAGUGGAAACGUAUAGAAACUACAGGUUAUUUCCGUCAGAUGUUGAAAGAACAGUUUGUUUCUUUGUUCAGUGUGUUUCUACAAGUUUCUACACUUUAUUUUGUCCUCUCCUGAUGUUUCCUCUCCUCAAGUUGAGCUGAAGGUAUUGAUUUGACUGUACUGUUUCCUCUCCUCAAGUUGAACUGAAGGUAUUGAUUUGACUGUACUGUUUCCUCUCCUCAAGUUGAGCUGAAGGUAUUGAUUUGACUGUACUGUUUCCUCUCCUCAAGUUGAACUGAAGGUAUUGAUUUGACUGUACUGUUUCCUCUCCUCAAGUUGAGCUGAAGGUAUUGAUUUGACUGUACUGUUUCCUCUCCUCAAGUUGAGCUGAAGGUAUUGAUUUGACUGUACUGUUUCCUCUCUACACUCUCUUCUCUCAUUACGCUCUCUUGUCUGUCUGUCUUUGUCUAUCUCUCACUCUCCCCCCCUCUCCCCACCCCCCUCCUUCCUACCCAGGAUGCAGUGCUCUUCCAUAACACCAUCUUCUACAACCUUCAGUACGGGAACAUCAACGCCACGCCAGAGGAGGUUUACCAGGUUGCACGGCUGGCAGGGAUACACGACGCCAUCCUCAGGAUGCCACAUGGAUACGACACUCAGGUCGGGGAGAGGGGACUCAAACUGUCAGGUAGGGGUCGGGGAGAGGGGACUCAAACUGUCAGGUAGGGGUCGGGGAGAGGGGACUCAAACUGUCAGGUAGGGACGGGAGAGGGGACUCAAACUGUCAGUGGUCGGGGAGAGGGGGCUCAAACUGUCAAGGGAGGGACGGGGGGAGGGUACUCAACUGUCAGGUCGGGGGAGAGGGACUCAAACUGUCAGGUAGGGGUCGGGGGAGGGGACUCAAACUGUCAGGUAGGGACGGGGGAGGGGACUCAAACUGCAGGUAGGACGGGAGAGGGGACUCAAACUGUCAGGUAGGGUCCCGGGGGGAGGGGACUAAAACUGUCAGGUAGGGGAGAGGGGAGAGGGGACUCAAAACUGUCAGGUAGGGGUCGGGGAGAGGGGACUCAACUGUCAGGUAAGGGUCGGGGAGAGGGGACUCAAACUGUCGGUCGGGGAGAGGGGACUCAAACUGUCAGGUAGGGACGGGGAGAGGGGACUCAAACUGUCAGGUCGGGGAGAGGGGACUCAAACUGCCCGGUAGGGGUCGGGGAGAGGGUACUCAACUGUCAGGGAGGGACGGGGAGAGGGGACUCAAACGUCAGGCGGGGAGAGGGGACUCAAACUGUCAGGUAGGGACGGGGAGAGGGGACUCAAACUGUCAGGGCGGAGGGGACUCAAACUGGGCAGGUAGGGGGUUUGGGAAGGGACUCAAACUGUCAGGUGGGACGGGGGGAGGGUUUCUCAAACUGUCAGGUCGGGGAGAGGGGACUCAAACUGUCGGUAGGGACGGGGAAGGGGGCUCAAACUGUCAGUAGGGGUCGGGGAGAGGGGGGCUCAAACUGUCAGGUAGGGACGGGGAGAGGGGACUCAAACUGUCAGUCGGGGAGAGGGACUCAAACUGUCAGGUAGGGACGGGAGAAGGACUCAAACUGUCAGUAGGGGCGGGGAGGGGGACUCAAACUGUCAGGUAGGGGUCGGGGAGAGGGGACUCAAAAUGUCAGGUUUGGGGAGGGGACUCAAACUGUCAGGUCGGGAGAGGGGAACUCCAAACUGUCAGGUAGGGGUAGGGGAGAGGGGACUCAAACUGUCAGGUAGGGUCGGGAGAAGGGGGCUCAAACUGUCAGGCAGGGGUCGGGAGAGGGACCAAACUGUCAGGUAGGGUCGGGGAGAGGGGCUCAAACUGUCAGGUAGGGCGGGGAGGGUACUCAAACUGUCAGGUAGGGAAAGGGGAGGAGGGACUCAAACUGUCCAGGGUGGGGAGAGGGUACUCAAACUGUCAGGUAGGGGUCGGGGAGAGGGGACUCAAACUGUCAGGAGGGGUCGGGGAGAGGGUACUCAAAAUGUCAGGGAGGGGUCGGGGAGAGGGACUCAAAAUGUCAGGUAGGAGAGGGGACUCAAACUGUCAGGUAGGGACGGGAGAGGGGGCUCAAACGUCAGGUGGGGGCGGGAGAGGGGACUCAAAAUGUCAGGUAGGGACGGGAGAGGGGACUCAAACUGUCAGUAGGGGUCGGGGAGAGGGACUCAAACUGUCAGGAGGGGAGAGGGACUCAAACUGUCAGGUAGGGGCGGGGAGAGGGGACUCAAACUGUCAGGUAGGGGGAGAGGGUACUCAAACUGUCAGGUAAGGAUGGGGAGAGGGGAACUCAACUGUCAGGUAGUGGGGGGAGGGUACUCAACUGUCAGGGAGGGACGGGAAGGGACUCAAACUGUCAGGUAGGGAAGGGACUCAACUGUCAGGUGGGACGGGGAGAGGGCUCAAAAUGCCAGGGAGGGACGGGAGGGGGACUCAAACUGUCAGGUAGGGGAGAGGGACUCAAACUGUCAGGGAGGGAUGGGGAGAGGGUACUCAAAUGUCAGUCGGGGCGGGGAGAGGGUACUCCAAAAAUUCAGGUAGGGACGGGGAGAGGGGACUCAAACUGUCAGGUAGGGGUUUGGGGAGAGGGUACUCAAAAAUGUCAGUGGGGUCGGGGAAGGGGACUCAAAAUGUCAGGUAGGGGUCGGGGAGAGGGGACUCAAACUGUCAGUAGGGGUCGGGAGAGGGGACUCAAACUGUCGGUUGGGGUCGGGGAGAGGGACUCAAACUGUCAGGGAAGGACGGGGGAGGGGACUCAAACUGUUCAGGUAGGGACGGGGAGAGGGGACUCAAACUGUCAGGUAGGGACGGGGAAGGGGACUUUAAACUGUCGGUAGGGUGGGGAGAGGGGACCAAACGUCAGGUAGGGGGGGAUAGGACUCAAACUGUCAGGUAGGGCGGGGAGGAAGGGGACUCAAAACUGUCAGGUAGGGGGCGGGGAAGGGACUCAAAACUGUCAGGUAGGGACGGGAGAGGGUACUCAAACUUCAGGUAGGGGGCGGGGAGGGGACUCAACUGUCAGGUAGGGAGAGGGUACUCAACUGUCAGGUAGGGACGGGGAGAGGGGACUCAAACUGUCAGGUAGGGGAGAGGGACUCAAACUUUUCAGGUAGGGACGGGAGAAAGGGGACUCAAACUGUCAGGUAGGGGGAGGGGACUCAAACUGUUUUAGGUAGGGUGGGGAGAGGGUACUCAAACUGUCAGGGGGGAGAGGGAUCAAACGUCAGGUAGGGUCGGGGAGAGUGACUCAAAACUUUCAGGUAGGGGGCGGGGAGAGGGACUCAAACUGUCAGGGUAGGGACGGGGAGAGGGACUCAAACUGUCGGUAGGGGGGGGCGGGGAGAGGGCUCAAACUGUCGGUAGGGGCGGGGAGGAGGGACUCAAACUGUCAGGGAGGGGGCGGGGAAGGGGGCUCAAACUGUCAGGGAGGGGAGAGGGGACUCAAACUUCAAAGGAAAGGUAGGGACGGGAGAGGGUACUCAAACUGUUCAGGUCGGGGAGAGGGGACUCACACUGUCAGGUAGGGGCGGGGAGAGGGACUCAAACUGUCAGGUAGGGACGGGGAGAGGGUACUCAAACUGUCAGGUCGGGGAGAGGGGACUCAAACUGUCAGGUAGGGACGGGGAGAGGGGACUCAACUGUCAGGUAGGGGUCGGGGAGAGGGGGACUCAAACUGUCAGGUAGGGACGGGGAGAGGGGGACUCAAACUGUCAGGUCGGGGAGAGGGGACUCAAACUGUCAGGUAGGGACGGGGAGAGGGGACUCAAACUGUCAGGUAGGGGUUCGGGGGAGAGGGGGACUCAAAACUGUCAGGUAGGGGUCGGGGGAGAGGGGACUCAAACUGUCAGGUAGUGGGAGAGGGGACUCAAACUGUCAGGUCGGGGAGAGGGGACUCAAACUGUCAGGUAGGGGUAGGGGAGAGGGGACUCAAACUGUCAGGUAGGGGUCGGGGAGAGGGGACUCAAACUGUCAGGCAGGGGUCGGGGAGAGGGGACUCAAACUGUCAGGUAGGGGUCGGGGAGAGGGGACUCAAAACUGUCAGGUAGGGACGGGGAGAGGGUACUCAAACUGUCAGGGAGGGACGGGGAGAGGGACUCAAACUUCAGGUCGGGGAGAGGGUACUCAAACUGUCAGGGAGGGGUCGGGAGAGGGGACUCAAAACUGUCAGGUGGGGGUCGGGGAGAGGGUACUCAAACUGUCAGGUAGGGUCGGGGAGAGGGGACUCAAACUGUCCGGUAGGGGAAAAGGGGACUCAAACUGUCAGGUAGGGACGGGGAGAGGGACUCAACUGUCAGGUAGGGGGCGGGAGGGGACUCAAAAUGUCAGGUAGGGACGGGGAGAGGGGACUCAAACUGUCAGGUAGGGUCGGGAGAGGGGGCUUUAAACUGUCAGGUAGGGGAGAGGGGACUCAAAAUGUCAGGUAGGGACGGGGAGAGGGACUCAAACUGUCAGGGGAGGGGGGGGGUACUCAAACUGUCAGGUAGGGAUGGGGAGAGGGGACUCAACUGUCAGGUAGGGGAAGGGGGACUCACACUUCAGGUAGGGGCGGGGAAGGGGACUCAAAACUGUCAGGUAGGGGAGAGGGACUCAACUGUCAGUAGGGACGGGGAGAGGGGACUCAACUGCAGGUAAGGGACGGGGGAGAGGGGACUCAAACUGUCAGGGUAGGGGGAGGGGACUCAAACUGUCAGUAGGGAUGGGGUGAGAGGGUACUCAAACUGUCAGGUCGGGACGGGGAGAGGUACUCAACUGUCAGGUAGGGGACGGGGAGAGGGGACUCAAACUGGUCAGGUAGGGAGCGUGGAGGAGGGGGACUCAAACUGUCAGGUAGGGGUCGGGGAGAGGGGACUCAAACUGUCAGGUAGGGGACGGGGAAGAGGGUACUCAAACUGUCAGUAGGGGUCGGGGGAGAGGGGACUCAAACUGUCAGGUAGGGGAGAGAGGACUCAAACUGUCAGUAGGGGACGGGGAGAGGGGACUCAACUGUCAGGUAGGGGGUCGGGGAGAGGGGACUCAAACUGUCAGGGUAGGGACGGGGAGAUGGUACUCAAAACUUCAGGGUAGGGGUCGGGGGAGGGACUCAACUGUCAGUAGGGGAAGGGUACUCAAACUGUCAGGUAGGGACGGGGAGAGGGGGCUCAAACUGUCAGGGAGGGAGAGGGGGCUCAAACUUCAGGUAGGGGAAGGGGGACUCAACUGUCAGGUAGGGAUGGGAGAGGGUACUCAAACUGUCGGUCGGGAGAGGGACUCAAAACUGUCAGGUAGGGGUCGGGAGAGGGACUCAAACUGUCAGGUAGGGACGGGGAGAGGGGACUCAAAAUGUCAGGUUAGGGACGGGGAGAGGGGACUCAAACUGUCAGGUAGGGAAAAGGGGGAAACAACUGUCAGGUAGGGACGGGAGAGGUACUCAAACUGUCAGGUAGGGUCGGGAGAGGGGACUCAACUGUCAGGUAGGGGGAGGGGACUCAAACUGUCAGGUAGGGACGGGGAGAGGGACUCAAACUGUCAGGUAGGGGUCGGGGAGAGGGGACUCAAACUGUCAGGUAGGGACGGGGAGAGGGGCUCAAAAUGUCAGGUAGGGGUCGGGGAGAGGGGACUCAAACUGUCAGGUAGGGGAGAGGGGACUCAAACUGUCAGGUAGGGACGGGGGAGAGGGGACUCAAACUGUCAGGUAGGGGAGAGGGUACUCAAACUGUCAGGUAGGGAUGGGGAGAGGGGACUCAAACUGUUCAGGUAGGGGGAGAGGGUACUCAAAACUGUCAGGUAGGGGAGAGGGUACUCAAACUGUCAGGUAGGGACGGGGGAGAGGGGACUCAAACUGUCAGGUAGGGGAGAGGGGGACUCAAACUGUCAGGUAGGGACGGGAGAGGGGACUCAAAACUGUCAGGUAGGGACGGGGAGAGGGGACUCAAACUGUCAGGUAGGGGUGAGGGGACUCAAACUGUCAGGUAGGGAUGGGGGAGAGGGUACUCAAACUGUUCAGGGUCGGGACGGGGAGAGGGUACUCAAACUGUCAGGUAGGGACGGGGAGAGGGGACUCAAACUGUCAGGUAGGGGUCGGGGAGAGGGUACUCAAACUGUCAGGUAGGGGUCGGGGAGAGGGGGACUCAAACUGUCAGGUAGGGGUCGGGGAGAGGGGACUCAAACUGUCAGGAGGGGUCGGGGAGAGGGGGACUCAAACUGUCAGGUAGGGGUCGGGGGAGAGGGGACUCAAACUGUCAAGGUAAGGACGGGGGAGAGGGGACUCAAACUGUCAGGUAGGGGGUCGGGGAGAGGGGACUCAAAACUGUCAGGUAGGGGUCGGGGAGAGGGGACUCAAACUGUCAGGUAGGGGUCGGGGAGAGGGGACUCAAACUGUCAGGUAGGGGUCGGGGAGAGGGGACUCAAACUGUCAGGUAGGGGUAGGGGAGAGGGGACUCAAACUGUCAGGUAGGGGACGGGGGGAGAGGGGACUCAAACUGUCAGGUAGGGACGGGGGAGAGGGGACUCAAACUGUCAGGUAGGGGUCGGGGAGAGGGGACUCAAACUGUCAGGUAGGGGACGGGGGAGAGGGUACUCAAACUGUCAGGUAGGGGUCGGGGAGAGGGGACUCAAACUGUCAGUAGGGGAGAGAGGACUCAAACUGUCAGGUAGGGACGGGGAGAGGGGACUCAAACUGUCAGGUAGGGGUCGGGGAGAGGGGACUCAAACUGUCAGGUAGGGACGGGAGAGGGUACUCAAACUUCAGGUAGGGGUCGGGGAGAGGGGACUCAAACUGUCAGGUAGGGGAGAGGGUACUCAAACUGUCAGGUAGGGACGGGGAGAGGGGACUCAAACUGUCAGGUAGGGGAGAGGGGACUCAAACUGUCAGGUAGGGACGGGGAGAGGGGACUCAAACUGUCAGGUAGGGGAGAGGGGACUCAAACUGUCAGGUAGGGAUGGGGAGAGGGUACUCAAACUGUCAGGUCGGGGAGAGGGGACUCAAACUGUCAGGUAGGGGUCGGGGAGAGGGGACUCAAACUGUCAGGUAGGGACGGGGAGAGGGGACUCAAACUGUCAGGUAGGGACGGGGAGAGGGGACUCAAACUGUCAGGUAGGGGAGAGGGGAAUCAAACUGUCAGGUAGGGACGGGAGAGGGUACUCAAACUGUCAGGUAGGGGUCGGGGAGAGGGGACUCAAACUGUCAGGUAGGGACGGGGAGAGGGGACUCAAACUGUCAGGUAGGGACGGGGAGAGGGUACUCAAACUGUCAGGUAGGGGUCGGGGAGAGGGGACUCAAACUGUCAGGUAGGGGUCGGGGAGAGGGGACUCAAACUGUCAGGUAGGGGACGGGAGAGGGUACUCAAACUUCAGGUAGGGGUCGGGGAGAGGGGACUCAAACUGUCAGGUAGGGGAGAGGGUACUCAAACUGUCAGGUAGGGACGGGGAGAGGGGACUCAAACUGUCAGGUAGGGGAGAGGGGACUCAAACUGUCAGGUAGGGACGGGGAGAGGGGACUCAAACUGUCAGGUAGGGACGGGGAGAGGGGGACUCAAACUGUCAGGGUAGGGACGGGGAGAGGGGACUCAAACUGUCAGGUAGGGAUGGGGAGAGGGUACUCAAACUGUCAGGUCGGGACGGGGAGAGGGUACUCAAACUGUCAGGUAGGGGACGGGGAGAGGGGACUCAAACUGUCAGGUCGGGGUCGGGGAGAGGGUACUCAAACUGUCAGGUAGGGGUCGGGGAGAGGGGACUCAAACUGUCAGGUAGGGGUCGGGGAGAGGGUACUCAAACUGUCAGGUAGGGGUCGGGGAGAGGGGACUCAAACUGUCAGGUAGGGGUCGGGGAGAGGGUACUCAAAACUGUCAGGUAGGGGUCGGGGAGAGGGGACUCAAACUGUCAGGUAGGGGUCGGGGAGAGGGGACUCAAAACUGUCAGGUAGGGGUCGGGGAGAGGGGACUCAAACUGUCAGGUAGGGACGGGGAGAGGGGACUCAAACUGUCAGGUAGGGACGGGGGAGAGGGGACUCAAACUGUCAGGUAGGGACGGGGAGAGGGGACUCAAACUGUCAGGUAGGGGAGAGGGGUACUCAAACUGUCAGGUAGGGACGGGAGAGGGUACUCAAACUGUCAGGUAGGGGUCGGGGAGAGGGGACUCAAACUGUCAGGUAGGGACGGGGAGAGGGGACUCAAACUGUCAGGUAGGGACGGGGAGAGGGUACUCAAACUGUCGGGGAGAGGGGACUCAAACUGUCAGGUAGGGGUCGGGGAGAGGGGACUCAAACUGUCAGGUAGGGGUCGGGGAGAGGGGACUUAAACUGUCAGGUAGGGGUCGGGGAGAGGGGACUCAAACUGUCAGGUCGGGGAGAGGGGACUCAAACUGUCAGGUAGGGACGGGGAGAGGGGACUCAAACUGUCAGGUAGGGGUCGGGGAGAGGGGACUCAAACUGUCAGGUAGGGGACGGGGAGAGGGGACUCAAACUGUCAGGUCGGGGAGAGGGGACUCAAACUGUCAGGUAGGGACGGGGAGAGGGGACUCAAACUGUCAGGUCGGGGGAGAGGGGACUCAAACUGUCAGGUAGGGACGGGAGAUGGGACUCAAACUGUCAGGUAGGGGUCGGGGAGAGGGGACUCAAAACUGUCAGGUAGGGGUCGGGGAGAGGGGACUCAAACUGUCAGGUAGGGGUCGGGGAGAGGGGACUCAAACUGUCAGGUAGGGACGGGGAGAGGGGACUCAAACUGUCAGGUAGGGGUCGGGGAGAGGGGACUCAAACUGUCAGGUAGGGGUCGGGGAGAGGGGACUCAAACUGUCAGGUAGGGUCGGGGAGAGGGGACUCAAAACUGUCAGGUAGGGGUCGGGGAGAGGGGACUCAAACUGUCAGGUAGGGACGGGGAGAGGGUACUCAAACUGUCAGGUAGGGAUGGGGAGAGGGGACUCAAACUGUCAGGUAGGGGUCGGGGAGAGGGGACUCAAACUGUCAGGUAGGGGAGAGGGGACUCAAACUGUCAGGUAGGGACGGGGAGAGGGGACUCAAACUGUCAGGUAGGGGUCGGGGAGAGGGGACUCAAACUGUCAGGUAGGGGAGAGGGGACUCAAACUGUCAGGUAGGGACGGGGAGAGGGGACUCAAACUGUCAGGUAGGGGAGAGGGGACUCAAACUGUCAGGUAGGGACGGGGAGAGGGGACUCAAACUGUCAGGUAGGGGUCGGGGAGAGGGUACUCAAACUGUCAGGUAGGGGUCGGGGAGAGGGGACUCAAACUGUCAGGUAGGGGUCGGGGAGAGGGGACUCAAACUGUCAGGUAGGGGUCGGGGAGAGGGGACUCAAACUGUCAGGUAGGGGUCGGGGAGAGGGGACUCAAACUGUCAGGUAGGGGUAGGGGAGAGGGGACUCAAACUGUCAGGUAGGGACGGGGAGAGGGGACUCAAACUGUCAGGUAGGGGUCGGGGAGAGGGGACUCAAACUGUCAGGUAGGGGUCGGGGAGAGGGUACUCAAACUGUCAGGUAGGGACGGGGAGAGGGUACUCAAACUGUCAGGUAGGGACGGGGAGAGGGGACUCAAACUGUCAGGUAGGGAUGGGGAGAGGGUACUCAAACUGUCAGGUAGGGAUGGGGAGAGGGUACUCAAACUGUCAGGUAGGGACGGGGAGAGGGUACUCAAACUGUCAGGUAGGGAUGGGGGAGAGAUGCUUGGCGCACCGCUGUCUUUGGACAGAUAACAUGGUAAUAGACUGCUUGUAAAGCCAUAAUAAUCUUUGUUUAAAAUGAUUCAACUUUAACCUUGAUAAUCUUCCAAACACCAUUCAAAGACAAUUAAUUACAGCCAGUGCUUUAGAGAAAACCGACAGUGUUUGUAUAGUGGAGAAGGGCCAGGAGAGGGCUUCAGCCUGGUAUCUAGUGUUGAUGAGGACGUGACUGAAGCUAGUUGUCUAGUGGAGAAGGGCCAGGAGAGGGCUUCAGCCUGGUAUCUAGUGUUGAUGAGGACGUGACUGAAGCUAGUUGUCUAGUGGAGAAGGGCCAGGAGAGGGCUUCAGCCUGGUAUCUAGUGUUGAUGAGGACGUGACUGAAGCUAGUUGUCUAGUGGAGAAGGGCCAGGAGAGGGCUCCAGCCUGGUAUCUAGUGUUGAUGAGGACGUGACUGAAGCUAGUUGUUGUUCUACUGUUACUACUGGGGUGUUUUAUAUCAACCAGUCUGACCUGGCUGUAGAUAUGUGUAUGCUUCCUGUCCUGUCUGUUGCCGGGUGUGUCAAGACUGCAUUAUUGACUUCCUGUGCUGUCUCUGUUGCCGGGUGUGUCAAGACUGCAUUAUGUACUUCCUGUGCUGUCUCUGUUGCCGUGUCAAGACUGCAUUAUGUACUUCCUGUUCUGUCUGUUGCCGGGUGUGUCAAGACUGCAUGAUGUACUUGGUGUGUUUCAGGUGGGGAGAAGCAGCGUGUGGCCAUAGCCAGGGCCAUACUGAAGAACCCUCCUAUCCUGCUGUAUGAUGAAGCGACGUCCUCACUGGACUCGAUCACUGAGGAGGUAACCCACACACUUCACAAUCUCCUGUUGUCUCUUCUGCAGCUCAACUCAGUGUACCAACCAACCUGUCAGCUCAGUAGAUGUUAGGGGGAUGGAAAGAGUAACUGCCCUGAACUUGGAGAGGAUAGACCACAUGUCAUAUUAUACAUGUCGAUUUUUAUUGCGUUCUUAUUGUAAAGUUUUUUAUACUUCAUGUUCCUGUGUUGUUUCUCUACAGCAUUCUAUAACUAUUUCUAAUACAUGCGGUAAAGAGGUCAAUCGAACUCGACCAAUACAAUGGAAUUGCCAUGGAAACGUGUGGCGGAAAGGUCCCAAAUCUCCUCAUUGCCCUCAGCAAAAUUAGGAUAUUGUUUGUGAAUUUCACACUGUUGAAGUCAAAAUCUGAGUAUAAUGCUUGUAUGGAUGUCAACACCAACACAUGUUCAGCCAUUGUUAACAAUCAACCGCAUUACAGUUAAAAAAGACUGACUACCACCACCGAUUUCUGUAUGCUAGCUAUGCUACCAGCUUAUACGAAUGGGAGUUAGCAUUUAGCAGCCACUUCUUCUAAACAGGAAAAGGGACAACUUCUACUUGUUAUGCUCGGUAACAGCCAAAUAUAUCCACAUCGGACUUAAUUAACCAAGUUGUGGGCCUGUUAUAUACAUAAAUCAUAACGGAUUUGACAUAUCGACUUUGUUAGGUCAGAUUUGUUGAAAGUGCGCCAAUCUAGUCAAUGGAAUGUCUGUGUUCCAUUCACUCCUGAACCGCAUCUAUACUCUACAACAUUCUAGAACUAUUUCUAACACUUGAUGUUCCUGUGUUGUAAAACGUUUAGAACUAUUUUGAAUACUUCAUGGUGAUUCUGUGUACUUCUAGAACAUUCUUAGUUCCAUGAAGGGUCUGGUUCAGGACCGGACGUCGGUGUUCAUCGCUCACAGACUGUCCACCAUCGUAGACGCAGACGAGAUCAUCGUACUCAACAAGGUAAGAAGACCUUCUCAUAGUGAUAUGUCCAGGGUAAGAAGACCUUCUCAUAGUGAUAUGUCCAGGGUAAGAAAACCUUCUCAUAGUGAUAUGUCCAGGGUAAGAAGACCUUCUCAUAGUGAUAUGUCCAGGGUAAGAAGACCUUCUCAUAGUGAUAUGUCCAGGGUAAGAAGACCUUCUCAUAGUGAUAUGUCCAGGGAGGGAGCUUAAAGACGUCCUCCAGCGAUCUUUUUGUCUUUUUUAAACUUUUCCUGUUGAAAAGCAAUAUGCCAAGUAUAAAUACAGUAAAGUACACACAAGGAGUAUUACUUUACUGUAAUUCCAUACUUUGGAAUAUCACUUGUCAACAGGAAAAGUUCAAAGUUCAAAAAUCACUGGAAGACGUGUUUAAGGAUUUCGGCUAGCAGACCACGUUUUCUUCUACCUCGGAUAACAUUCAGGUCCCAAAUCUGGGCCAUGCCAAAAUGUCCCUGGCCUGGUGCAUUUGUCUAGCGCACUAGCUUAAUUUCCCUCCACCAGAACAGACCCUGAGACCUCCACAGUAUCAGCCUGAGACCUCCACAGUAUCAGCCUGAGACCUCCACAGUAUCACCCUGAGACCUCCACAGUAUCACCCUGAGACCUCCACAGUAUCAGCCUGAGACCUCCACAGUAUCAGCCUGAGACCUCCACAGUAUCAGCCUGAGACCUCCACAGUAUCAGCCUGAGACCUCCACAGUAUCACCCUGAGACCUCCACAGUAUCACCCUGAGACCUCCACAGUAUCAGCCUGAGACCUCCACAGUAUCAGCCUGAGACCUCCACAGUAUCACCCUGAGACCUCCACAGUAUCAGCCUGAGACCUCCACAGUAUCACCCUGAGACCUCCACAGUAUCAGCCUGAGACCUCCACAGUAUCAGCCUGAGACCUCCACAGUAUCACCCUGAGACCUCCACAGUAUCAGCCUGAGACCUCCACAGUAUCACCCUGAGACCUCCACAGUAUCACCCUGAGACCUCCACAGUAUCAGCCUGAGACCUCCACAGUAUCAGCCUGAGAUGUGUAAUGGCUACAUACUGUGGUAGUUUCCCAGAAGCAUGUUAUGUUCAUCUUUAGAACCAUCGUAGGAGCAUCGUUAAAACCAUCGUUAGUAAAGUUGCACCUGAAAACACUCGUUAUUUACUGACUGUCUCAGACCACUAGAACAGCUAAGUGCCUCGUUAGAUGCUUUUUUGCCCCUUCGUGUCACUUUACACACAAUCAAGAUGUUUAUCUGUCUCCAUGUGACCGCUGAUAACUUCAGAACAAAGUUGACUACAAAUAGGUCUACGUACAAAGUCCCAAUGUCUUUGCAGUUGUUACAAACAAGCGGAGGAAUAAAAUCUGCUUGAAAUGGAAACCAAGAUGACUGUAGGAUGAUUGAAGGAUAGCUAUAUAGGCCUAUAUAUUUAAAUCAUAUUGAAAUACAUUUUAUGUUCAUUCAACUGAGGUCUAUUUUGCUAAUUGUAGGCUACUGUCUAAAUUUUAUGCCUAAAUAUAUUUCAUGAUGUGUAACGUGCACAAUGAUUUAGGACAUACCUAUAGGGUAGGCUAGGUAUUAGAAUAAGCUGCCUCAAUAUUAGCUGCUAUCGGUGGUAGGCCUAAUGUCUCUCUAGGACCUGAUCUGUCGUCAGUAUUGUGGAAUAAUUAUAAUGUUAUGGAAAGAUUUGAAUGGGGAAAUCUGAUCCGAGAUCAGUGGUUCCUUUUCUUUCUAUCCUAUCGAAAAAUGCCACAACGCAUAUGGGAACUUUCUCUCUGCGUGGUGUUUUGGGAAACACGUUACAUCUUUGGCCGUUAGGAAAGAUGCAUCGUUAAAACACUUCUAAGCUUAAAUACCAUGGCUAUGGGGAAACCGGGCCCUGUUUAGUCUAAAUACCAUGGCUAUGGGGAAACCGGGCCCUGUUUAGUCUAAAUACCAUGGCUAUGGGGAAACCGGGCCCUGUUUAGUCUAAAUACCAUGGCUAUGGGGAAACCGGGCCCUGUUUAGUCUAAAUACCAUGGCUAUGGGGAAACCGGGCCCUGUUUAGUCUAAAUACCAUGGCUAUGGGGAAACCGGGCCCUGUUUAGUCUAAAUACCAUGGCUAUGGGGAAACAGGGCCCUGUUUAGCCUAAAUACCAUGGCUAUGGGGAAACCGGGCCCUGUUUAGUCUAAAUACCAUGGCUAUGGGGAAACCGGGCCCUGUUUAGUCUAAAUACCAUGGCUAUGGGGAAACCGGGCCCUGUUUAGUCUAAAUACCAUGGCUAUGGGGAAACCGGGCCCUGUUUAGUCUAAAUACCAUGGCUAUGGGGAAAACCGGGCCCUGUUUAGUCUAAAUACCAUGGCUAUGGGGGAAACCGGGCCCUGUUUAGUCUAAAUACCAUGGCUAUGGGGAAACCGGGCCCUGUUUAGUCUAAAUACCAUGGCUAUGGGGAAACCGGGCCCUGUUUAGUCUAAAUACCAUGGCUAUGGGGAAACCGGGCCCUGUUUAGCCUAAAACCAUGGCUAUGGGGAACCGGGCCCUGUUUAGUCUAAAUACCAUGGCUAUGGGGAAACCGGGCCCUGUUUAGUCUAAAUACCCAUGGCUAUGGGGAAACCGGGGCCCUGUUUAGUCUAAAUACCAUGGCUAUGGGGAAACCGGGCCCUGUUUAGUCUAAAUACCAUGGCUAUGGGGAAAACCGGGCCCUGUUUAGUCUAAAUACCAUGGCUAUGGGGAAACCGGGCCCUGUUUAGUCUAAAUACCAUGCCUAUGGGGAAACCGGGCCCUGUUUUAGCCUAAAUACCAUGGCUAUGGGGAAACCGGGCCCUGUUUAGCCUAAAUACCAUGGCUAUGGAGAAACCGGGCCCUGUUUAGCCUAAAUACCAUGGCUAUGGGGAAACCGGGCCCUGUUUUAGUCUAAAUACCAUGGCUAUGGGGAAACCGGGCCCUGUUUAGUCUAAAUACCAUGGCUAUGGGGAAACCGGGCCCUGUUUAGUCUAAAUACCAUGGCUAUGGGGAAACCGGGCCCUGUUUAGUCUAAAUACCAUGGCUAUGGGGAAACCGGGCCCUGUUUAGCCUAAAUACCAUGGCUAUGGGGAAACCGGGCCCUGUUUAGCCUAAAUACCAUGGCUAUGGGGAAACCGGGCCCUGUUUAGUCUAAAUACCAUGGCUAUGGGGAAACCGGGCCCUGUUUAGAGUUCCUAAAUACCAUGGCUAUUGGGGAAACCGGGCCCUGUUUAGGCUAAAUACCAUGGCUAUGGGGAAACCGGGCCCUGUUUAGUCUAAAUACCAUGGCUAUGGGGAAACCGGGCCCUGUUUAGUCUAAAUACCAUUGGCUUAUGGGGAAACCGGUGCCCUUGUUUAGUCUACAUACCAUGGCUAUGGGGGAAAACCGGGCCUUGCUGUUUAGUACUAAAUACCAUGGCUAUGGGGAAACAGGGCCCUGUUUAGUCUAGAUUACCAUGGCUAUGGGGAGUAACCGGGCCUGUUUAGCCUAAAAUACCAUGGCUAUGGGGAACCCGGGCCCUGUUUAGCCUUAAAUUACCAUGGCUAAUGGGGGGAAACCGGGCCCUGCCUGUUUAGCCUAAAUUACCCAUGGCUAUGGGGAAACCGGGGCCCCUGGUUUAGCCUAAAUACCAUGAUCUGGGGAAACCGGGCCCUGUUUAGUCUAAAUACCCUGGCUAUGGGGGAAAAACCGGGCCCUGUUUAGCCUAAAUACCAUGGCUAUGGGGAAACCGGGCCCUGUUUAGUUAUGUACCUCCUUUAGGCUCUUACGUCUAUUGAGGAAGAGUUCUCACUUACAACAUUAAUCUAGUUAGGUAGGAGUAGAGAGGACUGAGGAAUAGAAAGAGAUGGAGAGAGGACUGAGGAGUAGAGAGGUCUGAGGAAUAGAGAGGACUGAGGAAUAGAGAGGACUGAGGAAUAGAGAGGACUGAGGAAUAGAGAGGACUGAGGAAUAGAGAAGACUGAGGAAUAGAGGGAGAGGACUGAGGAAUAGAGGGAGAGGACUGAGGAAUAGAUGGAGAGGACUGAGGAAUAGAUGGAGAGGACUGAGGAAUAGAUGGAGAGGACUGAGGAUUAGAUGGAGAGGACUGAGGAUUAGAUGGAGAGGACUGAGGAUUAGAUGGAGAGGACUGAGGAUUAGAUGGAGAGAGGAAUAGAAGGAGAUGGAGAGAGGAAUAGAAGGAGAUGGAGAGAGGAAUAGAAGGAGAUGGAGAGAGGAAUAGAAGGAGAUGGAGAGAGGAAUAGAAGGAGAUGGAGAGAGGAAUAGAAGGAGAUGGAGAGAGGAAUAGAAAGAGAUGGAGAGGAGAGAGGACUGAGGGAGUGGAGAGAGGACUGAGGGAGAGGAGAGAGGACUGAGGGAGAGGAGAGAGGACUGAGGAAUAGAUAGAGAGGAGAGGGGGUUUGGUUUGCUUGUCGUGUGGUGCGUCUUAGUGCUCUGAAAGCUGUUGGUGGUGUUUCCUAUGAUCCCCCAGGAACGUAGGCAGAGCGUCAGAUGGAGAGAUCAGAAGGUCGUCGUGGCGAGGAGGCCUGUUAUGCCGUGUUGUCAUGGUGUCGGCUCGUUAAGUCACAGAGAUAGAAACAGUCAGUUACGUGCCUGGUAUAGGCGUGGUAUAGUUACGUGCCUGGUAUAGGCGUGGUAUAGUUACGUGCCUGGUAUAGGUGUGGUAUAGUUACGGCCUGGUAUAGGUGGUAUAGUUACGGCCUGGUAUAGGCGUGGUAUAGUUACGUGCCUGGUAUAGGCGUGGUAUAGUUACGUGCCUGGUAUAGGCGUGGUAUAGUUACGUGCCUGGUAUAGGCGUGGUAUAGUUACGUGCCUGGUAUAGGCGUGGUAUAGUUACGUGCCUGGUAUAGGCGUGGUAUAGUUUACGUGCCUGGUAUAGGCGUGGUAUAGUUACGUGCCUGGUAUAGGCGUGGUAUAGUUACGUGCCUGGUAUAGGCGUGGUAUAGUUACGUGCCUGGUAUAGGCGUGGGUAUAGUUACGUGGCCUGGUAUAGGCGUGGUAUAGUUUACGUGCCUGGUAUAGGCGUGGUAUAGUUACGUGCCUGGUAUAGGCGUGGUAUAGUUACGUGCCUGGUAUAGGCGUGGUAUAGUUACGUGCCUGGUAUAGGCGUGGUAUAGUUACGUGCCUGGUAUAGGCGUGGUAUAGUUUACGUGCCUGGUAUAGGCGUGGUAUAGUUACGUGCCUGGUAUAGGCGUGGUAUAGUUACGUGCCUGGUAUAGGCGUGGUAUAGUUACGUGCCUGGUAUAGGCGUGGUAUAGUUACGUGCCUGGUAUAGGCGUGGUAUAGUUACGUGCCCUGGUAUAGGCGUGGUAUAGUUACGUGCCUGGUAUAGGCGUGGUAUAGUUACGUGCCUGGUAUAGGCGUGGUAUAGUUACGUGCCUGGUAUAGGCGUGGUAUAGUUACGUGCCUGGUAUAGGCGUGGUAUAGUUACGUGCCUGGUAUAGGCGUGGUAUAGUUACGUGCCUGGUAUAGGCGUGGUAUAGUUACGUGCCUGGUAUAGGCGUGGUAUAGUUACGUGCCUGGUAUAGGCGUGGUAUAGUUACGUGCCUGGUAUAGGCGUGGUAUAGUUACGUGCCUGGUAUACGCGUGGUAUAGUUACGUGCAUGCCUGCCUAGCUCCCUGGGGGUUGGGAUACUUUUAUUAGUGGGGGGGUGUCAGUAGGGAACAGUAACAGUAGUGCGAGAGGCAUCAGGGAGGUAGGGGGGGUUUCAUAGAGGGAGCGUUGCCUCAUCACUGUAUAGGCAUCAGGGAGGUAGGGGGGGGUUUCAUAGAGGGAGCGUUGCCUCAUCACUGUGGAGGCAUCAGGGAGGUAGGGGGGGUUUCAUAGAGGGAGCGUUGCCUCAUCACUGUAGACGCAUCAGGGAGGUAGGGGGGGUUUCAUAGAGGGAGCGUUGCCUCAUCACUGUGGAGGCAUCAGGGAGGUAGGGGGGGUUUCAUAGAGGGAGCGUUGCCUCAUCACUGUGGAGGCAUCAGGGAGGUAGGGGGGGUUUCAUAGAGGGAGCGUUGCCUCAUCACUGUAUAGGCAUCAGGGAGGUAGGGGGGGUUUCAUAGAGGGAGCGUUGCCUCAUCACUGUGGAGGCAUCAGGGAGGUAGGGGGGGUUUCAUAGAGGGAGCGUUGCCUCAUCACUGUAGACGCAUCAGGGAGGUAGGGGGGGUUUCAUAGAGGGAGCGUUGCCUCAUCACUGUAUAGGCAUCAGGGAGGUAGGGGGGGUUUCAUAGAGGGAGCGUUGCCUCAUCACUGUAUAGGCAUCAGGGAGGUAGGGGGGGUUUCAUAGAGGGAGCGUUGCCUCAUCACUGUAGAGUUUACAUUACCAUUCAUUCUGUAUGUCUCCCAUUCAAUACUUAAUUCUGUGUCAGUCCUUUUUACAUGGACUUUGGUCUGACUCAACUAGACUUUAUAGUAGCAUAAUCCUCCUCCUCCUCUCCCCCCCCCCCCCCCCCCCCCCUGUCCUUCUCCCUCUCUCCCCAUCUGUCCCCCCCCCUCCUCCUCUCCCCUCCAGGGGAAGAUAGCAGAGCGAGGAGACCACCACUCUCUGCUGGCUACUCCAGGGUCUCUGUACGCUGACCUGUGGAACACUCAGAACAGUAAGAUACUGAACAGUAGGAACAGCCCAGUGGCGCUGCAGCCAGAGAGACUCAGCCAGAAGGAGCAGGAGAGGAAGAAACUACAGGAGGAGAUCAUGAACAGUGUCAAGGGCUGUGGGAACUGCUCCUGUUGAGGAGAGACAAGGACAGGAGGCCACCUCUUCCCCACCUGCUUCAAUACUU